UAGAAACGUACAUAUUUGAAGAUGGUAUAGGGUUAAAUGUACCAGAGAAACAAAACACUCUUUCUCUAGUCUGUGGUAGCUCAGGUGUGACUAGGUUACUACACACAUGUGUACAGUAUUAAUUAGUAUGUUAAGUGAAAUAGUGAUAUAUACACAUAUUUAGUAGGAUAUUAAACUGCAGUGCUCGAGACUACACAGCAUGGGUUUGACAGCUGAGAAGAUCCUUGCAGGAGCCCAUCUUGUGCACAGGCUGGAUUCAUUCCCUAUAUUUUGUGGUUAUAUGCUGAUGAUUCUACUUGCUGGACAAUGGAAGAGAUUUACUAAGCCGCUCAGUCUCAGGCCUAUAUUAGUAGCGUACAACUUCACGGCCAGUGUUAUCAGCCUCUACACGUUGUAUGGUUUUGGCUACGGCUUGUACCAUGCCGAAUCAACCUUUGACGGACGACCUUCUGAACUCCUUGUACCUGUUUAUAAACUGUAUUGGUUCAUGAAAAUAUUUGAACUUCUGGAUACAGUUUUCAUGGUACUACGACAUAAACAACGGCAGAUUUCGUUCUUACAUAUAUAUCACCAUGGGAGCAUGCUCAUUCUGGGAGAUAUAGCUUUCCAUUUUUACCCGUACACAGCUUUUGCUACGUAUUUAGGACUGAAUUCCGCUGUGCACGUGCUAUUGUAUUUUUACUACGGAUUGAGUGCACUUUAUCCGGACAACCCUCCACAGUGGAAGAAAUUUCUAACCCAGUUUCAGAUCAUUCAAUUUUUCAUAGACUUGAUACAUGCAACGAUAGGAUACCUGUAUCAUAACUACUGCAUUUAUGGGAUACUUUAUGGGUUAACGAUGGUCACUUUAUUUUCCAACUUCUACUACAAGGCAUAUGUGAAGAAACGUGCACCAGUAUCCAAACCCGAAACCAAUGGGGAACCAGUGACAAAUGACAUUAACAAUGGUGAAAUACGAAAUGGCGUUACCAAGGGUGAUAUUAUCAGAAAUGGCGUUACCAAUGGUGAUGUUCGGAAUGGCGUUGCCUAUAGUGAUAUACGAAAGAGGCACUAGGAAUAUAUGCUUAUAUAGUUUUAUUUUCAGAAAUUUAGGUGAUUUUCUAUUGCGUUUUAUUAUGUGAUUUUACAUUGAUAUUUGAAACUGUUCGCCGUCAAGUUGCCUGAACUCUUUAUCGUGCGAGACUGCUAUGUAAACUUUAUAGAAUUACAUGUAGCCAACAUGA